GAACCACCCAAGUGAACGUUAGUUGACAGUUUUUCGUUCUUCGACUUGGGUGCUUGAUAUCGGAGGUCAAGUUCUUACGGAGUCUUCAUUUCACCAAGACGUGCAUCAGUAAAAGGCGGAAAAAAUACUCGCGAGCUUAAAAGUAACGGUAACCGAUAUUUAAAAUAAGUUUUAAAAGUAAGGACCCCUUGUUUUAAUUACUUUGAAUAUAUUGUAGUGUUUAUUUAAAUUAUGGUGUGAUUUUUUUGGAUUUUGGAGAAUUUUUACUUUAUUUUUAGAACAUAAAUUUUCAGAUAUAAUGGAUCUUAAUUAUGUCCUUCAAACGAUAUUGAAAAUACUUAUUUCUACACCUGGCAUCUUCUUGAUUUGUGGAUGCAUCCCAACUGGUUCAUAUGGAGCAGCUCUUCUCAGCAGUAAUAACGAACCUAACCGAAAUUUAACAAAUAUUUCGUCUCCUUAUUAUGACUACGAAUUUUCCGAUAGUCAAGAACUGGAAGACGAGGAGGAGGAACCGGUACAUUCCAGGGAAAAUAAACCCUUAUCUGAAGAAAUUCCCGAUCCGUCACCGCUUGUUCUGCCUGGAUAUAAUUUACCAGAAAAUAUUUUCAACCACGGCAAACCCUUUUACGCAGAAAAGGAUUCUCUAACAGGAAAAAUUGAUUUUCAGCAAAAAUCUCCAGAUGCGAAAAAUGAUGACGACUUGUACGAUUAUGUAGAUGAACCAAACAACUCGAAUAUUUAUGACAAAGCAAAUAUAGAUCGUAAAGAUGGUAGUCUAAGUAGCCAUCGUCCAAGUGAUGUAAACCAAUUAAUUCCCAAUUUCCAUGACUUUCUAAACUUACCUGUCAAAUACAACUCAGCUAAAUAUGUAUAUCCAUUGAUUUCUAGCUCUUACGCGAGUACGAAAUAUCAAGGAAGCGUGAAUAAAUUUCACAACCACAAAGAUUAUCCCAAUAAAAUGACAACGAAAAAACCAUUGGUUAGUCCAACGUAUUAUUCUACGGAGAAAUACUUUAGAGUUACAUAUACAACAACAACGCCUACUACUACUACAACGCGAACAACCACCACAACAACACCAAAACCACAAGAAACAACUAAAUCUAUUAAUCUUUUAAACACAGGAAUGGGUGUAGGAUUUUCUGAAGAAUUUGAAGAUUAUUAUGAUACGACUGUUGACGUAACCACGAAAAAACCAAGUACAACAACCACUAAACGUUGGACUCCAAGUACAACAGAAUUCCGUAAAGUUGUUCAUACAACUCCUAGACCAACAAGUACAACAACUAAAAAAAUGUUAAGUUUAUUUGAACAACUCUUUGGGGAAUACGACGAUGAUAUUUCUGCUACCACUACUACAACAUCUACUACAACUACAAAACCUACAGAAAAAAUUAAAACUCAAAAAACUACUACCAAACCAUCUACUACAAGUACUACCACAACAACAACUACUACUAUGAAAACGUAUAUUAGUAAUCCACCUAGAACACACGUUUAUUCAACAGAACCCGAAUUCAAUUAUGAAUACGAAGAUAUUGGCGAUAAUAUUGCUGUUGAAAGUAAACCUGUAGUGACAAUUGAGGAUGAUUUAAAGGUACAGCCUUUGCAUAAAAAUACUAGUGAUAAACCCUCUGAAGUAACUACUGUAAAGAACGUAAAGAGUACUGACUAUUACGAUUACCCCGAUGAAACACCUAGUGUUACAACCACAACUAAAAAACCAUUCGUUACACCACCGUCUACUAAUAAAGUUACAUCCUUACCACUUGGUGAAAACCAUUUAACAACUUCUGGCUAUGAGCCUUUUAAACAUCGAGACCCAAUAAUAGUUGCAACACAGAAUCUUAGAGAAAAAUUAAACAGCGAGAAAGUAAUACCACGACCAUUUGAAAAACCAUCCAUACCGAGUCAGAAUAAUGUUCAUAUACCUCAUGAUCAAAAUUCAGUAUCAUUUGUCUUAGGAAACCAACAAAAUGUUAACGGAGUUUAUUAUGACAGUAAUCCUUUUAGACCUUACUAUGGUAAUGAUGUAAAGCUAGACAGUGAUGAAAAGGAAAUCACUUUACAAGGUACUCUUUCUUUCCCCUCAGAGACUGUUGGAAGUGCUGUAACUAUCCAACCUCAAAGAAACUCUGAGGCUUCUCUUGCCAUCGGUGUUCCUGUUAAUGGUAUCAAUAAACAGACUCCAGGGCAAGUCCUCGAUGAAAAAUUGGAACUAGAUAACCCUUUAAUAAGUUUACAAGAUUCUACGAAAACGUUAACCAGUAAGGUUGUUUUCCCUAAUGAUAAACAACCUGAGUAUCCUGAUUUUAUGCCUCCACCUCCACCCAGUAGACAACCAGUGACACCCAAUAGAGAAAUACUGCAGUUAAAUUCGGGUCCAAUUCUUCAUCAACUGCCAAGUGAUUUAACACCUCCAAGGGAGCAAGAGGUGAUGACGCCCAAGAGACCUUAUAGUAGACCUCCGUGGGAUCCAAGACCAGGACAUUUCUACAGUGGAAAUCCUGAAUACAACCGUCCACCCCGUCCUCAAACAGAUGUAGCCUACAAGCGCAUUGAUCACUUACCUAACGUCUUGCCGCAAUUUAGACCAAAUACCAACAUGAACAAACCACCUGCAGGUUAUUUUGACAAGAAGUUAAAUCGUCAGCCACUUCUAGAUAGACCAUCGAAUAGACCUAUCAGCUUUUUUGAAAAAUUACUUCCCCCUCCACCACCUCCGCCACUUUUUCUUACCAAUAAAAAUGUACCGGCAUUAAGAAACAAAAAUGGAGCACCUCCCAGGCAGAAUUUUGAUGAACACCAUAAUAAUCCACCUGAAGAAAAGGGAAGCGAUGAUCAGCCUGGUUUGUAUCAGACGCCACCACAAAUCAAAAUAGCCAACAGAAGAGCCGAUACUGAUGUUACCGAAGUAGAGACCCUACAAAUGAUUCAAGCGAAAAACGCUGACAAAAGGAACAAAGAUCCCCCUGGUGUUCAGCCCGUUGUGAAUAUUCAACCCGAAAAAGAUAUUAAAAUUGACAGUAACGACAAAACGAUAUAUAAGGUGUAUCCAGUAAAUUCUGCUCCAAUAAAAUUAGAUGUAAUCGAUGACAGUAACAAAAAAGAAAGUGUGGUGAUAGGAACUCGUUCAGAACGUCCCCUGCCGCCAUCCAAAAUAAACCAAGACUUUGAUUUACUGUUUGAUUCCAAGGAUAGAAACGACGAUCCCAUUUUAAAACCACAUAAGCCUCCUCCAUUCCCAGUGAAAUCUGAUUUUCCUUAUCCCCUAGAACGUCCGGGAUUGGAACCUAAUCUUAAUGUGAUGCCAGUUCCAGAAGCUCCGUCAAAAAAUGGAAACGACUUGGAUGAACCUGAUUAUUUCUCAAACAAUCAAUGGAAUAGUAUUGGAGAUACUUAUGAACCAAAAAUCAUCACUGGCGGCCAAAAAAUUACUGGUAUAAACCAAAUAUCCGUAACACUCAAAACCCACACUGACAGACCCAUCGCUGUUGCUUAUACACCAACGGAACCGAAUUCUAUCGCAGAUAAAUAUUCGAUGCCAAAUUAUGGAUCUCUAGUCAUACCCGAGAUAAGGCCUGGCGAUUCUAAUAAGGUGUUUACAGUUAGCGCUGUAAUGCACGCUCAUCAUGAGAGUCCUACUGGAAUUGUAAGUAGCGUUGAUAACAUACAUAGAAUCGAUGAAAGUUCUAAUCAUAAAAACGAUUUGAGCGUACCCGAUUAUCCAAAGUUGGAUUUCGAAGCGCCAUUUCAGGCUAGUUUAAAUAUUGAAAACACAAUGAACCAAGGAUGGUCUGUUGUAGUCCGAAAUAAGAACACGACAACAACAGAAUCUCCUGAGGCGACAACUCUUCCUUACGCAACGACUAGCGAAUUUGACAUCGAAAACUUCAAACCACAACUCGAAGGAGGUUUUAAACCAAUUUUCAAUUUUCCCGACGAGGACAAAAAGUUCGUAGAGACCAAAGUGAGUGAUAGAGACGAGUGAAUUUGACACUUUUAGGCUAGAUAGAUAAAUAAAACUUAUCGUAUACAAUCACUUAACAUAAUGGGCCUCUUCUCUAUAGAUGAUUCGAGUUCUUCUUUGUAAGGUACUUAUCCCAGACGUUUUCUUUUUUUUUAUCUUUACCAUUAAUUUUUCUUGCAGCCCUAGGAAGUAGAACUAUUUGUUCAAGUAUUACUUGAAAAUCCGUGUUAAUCUAUGAACUAGAGGGAGUCGCAUUUUUAUAGAAUUUACUGCAGAAAACAGAGAGGUAUUAUGCAAAGUUUUCUUGUCUACAAGAAGCUGAUACGAUUUUUGUGGUGUUAAAGAAUCUGGAGGUGGUGUUCUUGGAGAAUCGUCAAUAUUUGCUGGAACAUGCCUUGCUUCUUUUUCACCUGCAGCUUGGUUUAGUGGUGUUGGUGAUGGUGUACGAGAGUUGGUGAUGGUGAACAAGAGUUGGUGUACGUCAUGAAGAAUGCUUAUUAUUUUCUUCGACCUUAUCAACUGGAAGAUUGUUCACCGGCAUUUCUAUGGUUGCCGCUGGCUCAAAAAUCCAGUCUUCAAAGAUUUGGGUUAAGUACCUGUUUUACCAAACCCAUUCACUGCAACAUCAAUUUCUGAACUUCUGACGUGUAAAAUGUUGACAGAUGUUGGCUCAGGAGUACGAGGUUUAACGGUUUAACCAUGAUUUACCAGCCAUUGUUUUGGCUUUGUUAAAUUAAUGAACUAAGCCAUUGCGUAGAGUUAACUGAAAAGUCAAAGUUUGCCAAAUUAUUGACUUCUUCUAUGUCUAAUCUAUGAUCUUCAAUAUGUAAAUGCUUGUAAACGAUAAGUUUCAGGUGAAGGUGGGAUAUAUAAGUAUUGACAUUUUUGUUUCAACUGUUAAAUAAUUUUUAAUAAAAAUGUCAUCUUCGAUAUGAGAGUUGGAUGUGAUACAAAUUCUGUCUUCAAUUCAGUAAUCUUUUUAUUGGGACCGUGCAAGUUCGGCAAAGCGACACCUAUUUCUACGCGCUGCAACUUUAUUCGCACUUUUAAUUAUACUGGCCAAUUAUAUUACCCGUUGUCCUAGGUGAGCGACGGAAAACGACGCGACGCGAUGCGAUGCGUUGCGAUGUGAUGCGACCAGUAAUUCACGCGACGUGUGGCUUAUGUAGCGUCGCAUCGCGUCGCUUUCCAUCACUCUUAAAACCAGGACAAACGUGACGAUGUCAAUUAUUCAUUCCUAUUCUUAAGUGUGGGGAAGUAUACGGCAGUAUUACUAGAAAAUUCAUAUUUUAAAUACUUAGCUAAAAAAUUCCAUAAACGAAAAAGAAAGACAACAAAUGUCAUAUAUUUAGAACGAGUAAAUUUGGAGAGUUUAAUCAUUUAUAUCGGAAAUUAAUGAAAUAAUCCACGUUGGUUUAAAGAGUAUUGUGGCUUAUUCACUUUCAAUUAUAUCAUUGCAGCUGUUAAACUCAGUAUUAAUAACUGAGCUAUCAAUAACUAUCAAUAAGUAAUUUUCUAAAACCAAAUUCUAUUGAGGAGAGGCUGUUACUGACUUUAAGGUAUGUUAAUGAAAAAACACUGGUACUAUAUAGUUAUUAUUAGUUUUUAUUUAUUUAAUAAACUAUUGCGUAGCAUAAUUUGAAUUGAAAAAAGCAAUGGGGCGUCACACUGUGUCGUGUCUCGUCGCGAACAAAUCAAGUUCGCACUUCGUCGCGUCUUGUCGUAGACUGAUUAACCCGAAAACGUAGGCCAUACACAAAUACAACCAUUACUUGAUAUUUUCGCGUCGUGUCGCGUUUGUCGUUCACCUAGGACAACGGGUUAGUCCUGGUUACUGGAUAAUUGUCAAGGCCAUAGUCGAAAAAAAUAAUAAGAAGAAAAAAUAAGUCAGGUUAUGUUAUUAAAACGUAAACAAUUGUAUGUAAUAAAUAAAAUUAGUUAUUAAAAUGCAGUACAGUAACUGCAAGCAAAAUACAAUUAAUUAAAUUUACCUUUAUAUAAUAAUUACAUAUCAUAUUAAUAUUGUGGAGCAACAUAUAAUUUUUCUUCUUAAAUGACAGUAGAUAUGAAAUGUACGUCAAGAGAAUUUCAAUUGACAAUAUGAAUUAUUUAAGAAAGUUGCAAUAUUUCUUCGCUAUUCGCGCACGAUCGUUUUUCUCAAUUCCCUUCCAAUUACUUGCACACCGCGAAUAAGUUAACAUUUAGUUACAUACGCGAUUGAUACAAAAAGUUUUGUUAUUUUUUAUUUAGAAAUUUCUACUGAAACAAUUAGAGUUUCUGUAAGUAACGUUCAUUAUUGACAUUGCUCAUUUCUUCUUCAACAUUAAAAUAUAAAAACACCUAUUUGCUAUUCACUUUUUCGUCGCUAUACCUCGAGAAAAAUUUUGUGUUAUAAAUAAACACAAAAAAGUUUUGCAUUUAAACUUCCUCUAAGAUAGAAUUGAUCGCAAAUUAAAAAAAUAAUUAUUAUUGCAAAAUUAGUAAAAAGGAUUAAAAAAAGGGUCAAAAAUCAAUGUUUUUCAAUAAUCCUUUUCAGAUAUUUUAAAGCUACAUACAACCUUCAAAAUUCACCCAGAAAAUCUAUUUAAUACAUAACAAUACUACACAAAAUUUCAACACAAUCGAUCAAGUAGUUUUGGCCAAAUAAUUUUGCAAUGUAAAUUUUUCAAGAAAAGGUAUUAAUUUAUAAAAUUAUGCAGGGCCAACAAAAAAGUUUUAAAUACUUGAAAAUUUUCUUACACAUAAAAGGGCUUUCAGGCUUUUAAAUAAACUUCAAAUCAUUCAUGAAUAAUUUUUAAGCUAAUAAACAAAUAGAAUAGAAUAACUUUUAUUUAAAAUUUAAAGAUUUAAAAAUUAAAGACUUAUUUUUAUAUGUAUUUACAUUAUUUGAUAACAAAAAUACUACAGUUAACAUUGAUAUUGUAACCUGAACGAACGGAAAAAAUACGUAAUUUUGCAAGUAAAUAUUCAUUUAUACGUAAAAACAUGGAAAUAAAUAAUUAUAGUUUUUUAAAAGUAUUAUAUUUUAAAAACAAAAUUUAAAACAAAAGUGAAAAAAAUUGGUCAACUAGAAGCUGAGAUAAUCAAAAUUUUUAAGCACGUCGUUGUUUUGAACACGUAAAUUCAUUUUUGAGGGGCCUGUAAGUGCUAUUCCCACCAUUGACUUCCGUAACUUUUUCUAUAUUUUUACAGUUUUAAAUCAACAUUUUAACCAUGGCUUUUGCUAAUUUUUCAGUAAUAAUCAUUAUUUCUUCAAUCUGCAAUAAACUCUAUCUCUUUUAUAGGAAAUUUAAUUGCACAACUUUUUGCGUUUACAAAAGUUUUCUUAAAUGCAUAGCUGCAGAGAUAUAGCAACAAAAAGGAGAAAAAAUUGAUGUUUCUAAGUUUUUCCAAAAAUUGUUUAAUAAAAAAUUUAACCCACUUUUUGAAGUGUCGGCAUAGUGAUAUUCUAAUAAUAUUUGGAAGCGAUUAAAGCAAAAAAAUAAGGUCAUAUACGAUUGGUCCAAAUAAGGGUGAUUUAGCAUAAGUCUGGACGCCUGGUCGAAAUAUAAUUCUCUAACCCCACAUAAAAUAGCUUUUAACGUUUAGGCGUUUUUUGCGAGGAUAGAUUAUAGUAUAUACCGAAUAAUAGCACAAUGGCGGUUUUCAUUUAAAAUAAUUUUCAGAAGAUUCUGAAAUUGUAGACAGUUGUACCAAUCCAUCUAAAACCCCAAAAGCAAUAAUUGUGAAGAAACACGAACUCUUACAUCGCUUGUCAAUUAUUGUGUACUAGUUUAGUAAUGUCGGUAUUUAUUUAUAUUAAGAACUAUUUAUUUUCGUACAAAUUCCUUUUAAAUAAGUUUAUAGUAUUUAUUUAUAUUGUAUAAAUGAGAUGAGUAUAUGCUACUAUUUAAUUUAGUUAGAAUAUUGUAGAUAUAUCGUAAUUUUACGUUUUCUAUUUAUUUACCACUCAAGUUACUCAAAUUCUUACCAUGUAUUUCUUUAAAA